AUGGCUUUCUAUGGAAUGCAAAUGCACACUGAGCAAGAUACUCGGACUCUUUAUGGUUAUAUCCUAACUAACCUUGAGAAGACAGUCUCUCCCGAAGCACGCUCUCGAAUCGAUGCUCUCGUACGCGAAUUUGCAUCCUUCAAGGAUACAGAGAAGAUUCUCUGUGCUUUAUUGCUUCCAGCGGAACCACAUGGGACCUCCGCUCCUUCCCUUAUAGAGGAUGAUAUCGCUCCUAAUGGAUUCGAAGUUAACAGUCUUGGUGUCGGAAUCUUUGGUGGUUCGGGCUGUUCAUCGUCCCUCCAUCUGUCAAAUCAAGUUGAGCAAAGUCAGGCUUACACGUGGAUAAUGUCUCAUCUGGAGGAGGAUGCUUCAACUUGUCUUAGGAAAGAUGAAGUGUAUGAAGACUACAGGGCGUAUUGUGAGAAGCACAAUCAGAAAACCCUCAAUACGGCGGAUUUUGGGAAGGUGAUGAAACGAGCGUUUCCUAAUGUUAGACCUCGGCGACUAGGACAAAGGGGUCAGUCUAGGUACUGCUAUGGAGGUAUGCGAAAGAAGCUUGAGGUUCAGGCACCCUCCCUUCCCGAUUUGACAUUAGAGCUCUCCGCUCCACCUGCCUCCAACAACUUUCGUAGCGGUUCAUCCUCCGUCUCCUCUACCGAUGAGCAGCGUCUCUGCCAACGCGGUGAGUUGCCACUCGCCUGGCUCACCGACGAGGUGCGCACAGUCCUUGGUGUCACUGGGCCUAUUCUGGCCGACGUGGGUCGAAUCAUUCUCGACUAUGCUCGCACCGUUCUCGGCACUGAAUUCACUUCACUGCUCCACUUUGCUCAACACCUUGUCUCCGACCGAUAUGUUACCGCGCAUUCUAGACACGCCUUUGCACUCAUUGCUCACCUUGCCAACAGCUCCGCCAACCCCUCUGCCACCACAGCCUCUUCCAGUCUUUCAAACAUCCUUCUUACUCCCUCUACAGCUGCUGCUGGAGCCUUUGCUGAAGCACUUCAGAAAGGGCGUGUAAACAGCGCUGGUAGCACAGCUUCGUCGUCGCACUCUCAAACACCUCCAGUGACGACGGCAAUGGUGAACCAAAUGGGCGGUGCUGGUGGUGGCACCCUUCCCUAUCGUACCCCAGCCAUCACUGUUGCUGGUGCUGUGCCAGUGUCAGCCUAUCAAAUAUCUCCCUCAUCACAUUAUCCUUUUUCUCUAACUCAGUUUACAUCUACCUCAAGCUCAGCGCUCCAAACCUCAGCUACAAAGCCUGCGCUUCCAGUCACACCAUCGACUGACGCCUAUCCUGGCACACCAGCUUAUCUCAACCAACGACAUCAGCAGCAACCCUACGCGCAUUCCUCCACAGAUCAAAGGCGAACGAGCUUCUCCGAGAACCCUGCCUCCUACUUGACCCCAGUAACGUGUACCAGCAAUUACUGUGCUUCGACUCCAACCACACCCUAUCCCAAUCGCGGUCUGGAGGCGUCUGGUUCGUACGCCUCCUACGGCGCAGGUGGUACUUUCGUUCCUCAGACCACUGACCCGUCUAGUUCCCUCCAGACACAGCCCCCAGCUCCUCCAAUAGCCAGUGGUCGCAGUCCCUAUGCUGCUAUUCCUUACAAACAUCCGACCACCCAGUUGCCAAUCGAUGCUCCCGGAGCUCAUGAACCCACAGUCCGAGUCCACCUGGGCGGCGUAAGCCCGACGAAGCAUAUGAACUUUUUCAGUCUGUCCAGCGGAUCUCAAAGCACGGGGGGCUACGAAACGCGUUACCAACACCGUGCUACUGUUUCCUCUGCUUCCCUACCUGCCCCAGGCGCUCCUGUGCAAUCUAACACCGGCUACUAUCCUAGUCGCUACAGCAGUUUUAAUGUCAUGAGUCCAGCAACUCCUGGUCAGGCAUCGCCUAGGUUACCUUCGACUUCGAUGGGUGGUGAGACCGCUCCUUCAGGCCGGUCUUCGUGGCAGACUCUGAAGCGACCAAAUGUGGUGCGGCCAACCUCAUCUUUCGAAACUGACGGAGGUGAUGCAGAUCCCUUCGACUAUGAUAACCUCCCCCGUCUUGGCUCUUCACCCUGCCCGCCGGAAAUUCCACCCAGCUCUCCUACUGAAUUCCUCUCCUUCUACUCCGCUGGGAAUGCAGCUCGGCGAAAGGAAACUCAGGACACGACGGAAGAUCUUGAUCGUACUCUAACUAACCUCUCACCCGACACCAGCGUGAACGUGGCAAACAAAGGUGAAUCCAGCCAACCCCUUCAUGUUCACAUCAGCCAAGAUUAUGGGAAUGAGGCUGAGGUGGUGCGAAAGCGCGAAGCACUGCACGAUGCACUAUUGACUCCGUCCGGUGAAUCGUCGAGCGUGAAAACUUCUCCACCGGUUACCCCUCGGGCGAGAUAUGGCCGACCUCACUCGGGUGGCAAUGCGCUCGAUCCUUCUUCAUCCUCCACCAAUCCUCCCGCUCAAAAACGGCCCACUCCCCCCCCUGAUAGCAAUGCGGGGAGGAUAUACGUGGAGAUGACAGCAGCCGGUCAGUCAUAUUCACUCAGAGCCCAAAAUCGUCAAUGGCGCAUUGAGAUUCCCGAGUACAACUACCGUGAGAGUGGCCUGAAGUCGCAUUACUUUCAGUUUGGCUAUUAUAUACCCUCAGAGAGGCGAUGGCAGACCUACCAGCGACAUCGCUCCCUACCACCGUGCACUCUCCGUGAUGCCAUCGACAUUCAACGUGAAAACAACUAUAUCAGUCUCAAUCAUAAUCAAGACAAGUGCAGGAGUCAUGUGCCUUCCGUCAAGUGGAACAGUCACAAAUGCAUCCCACAGGAGCCCUGCGUUGUCCACCAUUUUGCCAGAUGCUACAGUCCCAGUCGAGUCUAUCCAUGCGGCUACUUCGAGGCAAGCACUCGACUCCUUCAAUCGUCGUGA